UCUAUGGGUGUAAUUCGUAUAGUUACAAUGAGGCUGAUGAUGCUUAUGCGGGGAGAUAUACCUAGAGGCUAAUGCAUCCUCCCGUGAGCGUUUCCGAACACGCGUCGAUUUGCUCUUCGUCUUCGGCUUCCUGCGAUUGCUUGCCGCCGAGUCUUCCACCCAGUCCGUGCAACUUCACCGACCGUGCGACUUCGGAUCGAAGUUGAUUCCGCAGGAUUCUGCUUCGUUGCAUCAUCCGAGUAACUGCCUAUCCGUCGUAGCAAGAUCGGAUUAGGGAUUUUGCAGCUUAGUAUGAUCAAGAUGAAGAGCUGUACAUGGAGAUAUCUUUGAUUUUGUUUCUUAGGGAAAUACAUUCAUAUAGGGGAGUUAGGAUCUGGGACUUGUUGCCAAAGACAUUGCUCAUAUGACUAUGCAGCAUAGAUGACAUGCAGGAUGGCUGCUGGUCAACAGAAGAAACGUUUAACAAGUUCUAAUAUCCAUGAACAAUUCAAAGGAAAGAAGAAAAGGCAGGACUCAUCUGAUUGCAUAUUAAAUCUAAGAUGCCAUAUAGAUUUGGAAUGGGAUGACAUUCAAAGAAGAGUUUGGGCAAAGAAGGAACAAGUUGGCCUUUCAUGGACAGACAUCACUCCCUUCCUUGAUAUUGUUUCCCUGGCUCAUAAUGGUUUGGCCGAUAUCAUUGCUGUUCCACAAGAAAUGUUUAGCUUGGACAAUUUGAUGAAUGUGCUUUCUUAUGAGGUUUGGGCAACUUGUCUCUCAGAAUCAGAGCGAAAGCUUCUCACUCAGUUUCUUCCUAGUGGGAAAGGUGCAGAACAAAUAGUUCAUUCAUUACUUAAGGGCGAAAAUCACUAUUUUGGAAACCCUUUCUUGAAAUGGUCUACUUCACUUUGCGCUGGAAAUCUUCAUCCAGACAAUGUUUUGCAAGCAGAGCAACAAUCUCUAUUGAAUAAGAAGGCAUAUUAUUCUGAGAUAAAUAAGUAUCAUAAAGGCAUGCUAAGGGUUAUAAAAAAUUGGAAAGAGGGAUGGUUAAAUUGCAAGGAUCCAGAGAAAUUGUGGAGUGAUGGAUAUACCAAGAACAAGCAAGGGAGUUUAGCUACUUCCACUGAAGAGGCUAAUGACCUUACAAUCUCCAAGAGGGAAUUAAGACCUGAUAUGGAUGCUGAUGAUACUGAUAUAUACAUGUCAUAUAUAAAGGUAAGCAAGACGCAACAUCAGCUGGUCAUGAAUUUAAAGCAAUCUGCAGAUGGUAUUCAAUAUAAGUUGCUUGGUCGUUUGCUUGGUGAUUUGAACUCCUUUCAUGUUUAUCCUUACAUAACAUUUGAGGAGGAAGAGAAGCAGAAGUUGCAUGAGCACUGGUUACAAAUGGCAAACAAGGAUCUCCCAGCAGCUUUCGAGGUUGCUGGGCAGAGGAAGAUGGGCAGGGAACAAAUGAGAAAAUCUUUGGAACUGGAACUCACAGAGAAAAUAAAGAUUUUAUUUGUUAAGGACAACAAGAUACAAUCGAUAGAGAGUACCGCUCGAGAACCUACAUGUGAUGGUGAUCAUAGGAAUCAGCACACCCCAGAUGAAAUUAUCCGUUUUAAAGAUAACUCCACUGAUGAACAUUUGUUGGAUCAAAUUACUUCACUGAAAAGUGAUAUGGAGACUAGUCCUAUUGUUGUUGGUCAAGAAGUGGAUGAGGCAUUACAGACAGAAGACCAUUAUUCACCUCUUUGCCUUUCAGUUGAUAACCAGAAUCCUAGUAACACUAUCAUGGAAGUAGCAGGGAGUUCUCAAACAUCUGCUAAAAACAUGUGGCAAUCAGCAAGUAUUUCUAAUUCCUAUUACAGUACUACCGAAAAUGGUGGAUAUACAUCGAUUGGGCAACUGUCCCUUGGCCAUCCCCAGCUUAGCAUAGAACAUCCGACCAAUAUAAUCGGUCUAGGGAGAGAGAUAAUAGAAGCCGAGCAUGGAGAGUUGAUGCCAACAACCUUCAAUGCGGAUCAACGGGCUUCCCUAUUUAGCUCAUACAAUCAGAGUGAGAUGCUUUCAGCGUUUCCCAAGAAACCACGAAUAAUAUCUUAUCCACAGCAACACAUCAAUGGUAUAAAGGAACCCGUAUCACAAUUCUUGAUGACCCAUGAUGGUUUGCCUGAAUCCAGUAUGGUUUCCACUCAGUUGCAGGGAGCACAACAGUUAGAGCAGAGGGGGCCAGGAGAACAAGACGCAUAUAUGCACCACAUUACGUCCAAAAGCCUAUAUUCCGAUAGUUGCCCAGACCAAGCAUUUACAUCAGUUGAGCAGCUGAAUUUUCCUUCAAUUCAAUCUUCCAUGGAUACCGGCACCCUAGGGUUAAAUUGGUUUCGUGAUGAUGGUCAAACAUACAAUAAUUGGUCCAACAUUGAUCCAUCGGGCGGUGGCCAAUGCCUGGCUGAUGCUAGUAAUACUGAAGGGAGCCUUUAUAAUGUUUUGUCCAGCAAGUUUCCAACAUGCCCAUCAUACAGCAAUAGUAGCUCAGAACAAUAUCUCCAGCCUAGAAACUUUGGGGCCAACUCUAAUGCUCAAAAUAUUUAUGGCUACGUGCAGCAUCAACCUGUCAAUCCAAGCAGCCAUCAAGCAGUCGCUGUCAAUAAUCUCUCAUGGAUGAACUACGCACAACAAAAUUCCAGCCUUCACAAUCCUUUGGGCAGACCAUUGCAGAGGUCUUGGAAUAAAUAGCAAUCAAUUGAAUCCACUUUCAAGUUUUCCUGGCGUGUGCAGGCUGAAUCCUUAUAGAUUCUCGCUGUCUCUCCCUCUCUCUUACUAGUGAAGAAUCAAUUUCAUGUGGAUAAUGUGACAUGAUGGCUUCACACUUCCUAGUCUGGUGCUUGGGGAUGGUUGAUAUAUACGAAAAAAAUGUCUUGUUUUUAUUUUAAGUUAUUCCAACAUACUGUAGGAAAUAGGGAAAAUAUGUUUUUUUGGCACAACCAAGUUUUGAUUACUUGAAUGGUCUUUAUUAAUCUUCUUAACGUCACUACUCAGAUACAGCAUAGCUAGUAUUAUGUUAUUCAACUUUAUGUGCGCUAUGGACGUUAUUGUAAAUACAUAGAAGAUACCAAGAUUAUACUCAUGAAAAUGGUUAUAUAAAAAAGGAUUUGAAAUUAUUGAAGCACAA